GCAGAGUGGAAAAAAAAGCUAAGCAGCUUGCUCCCGAGAAGCGUCUGUAGCGAAUUUACAAACGAAUAGGGAAUUUAAUCUCGCUGAAAGGAAAAACACGAUCGUCGCAUUUCUACUGUCAUGACACGCUCGAAGAAUCGCUCCGAGUCGGAGGAAUCGGAAAAGGCCGACAAAAAGCAACGCGGCCGGGAUAAGGAACGUAAAAAGCGGAGUUCCACCAGCAGCGAUAGCAGUGGAAGCUCUUCCGACAGUAGCUCGUCUCGCAGCAGUUCGGGGUCACGUUCGAGCUCAUCCAGCAGCAGCUCAUCGUCCUCGAGCUCGUCCUCGUCGUCCAGCAGCGAGGCGGAGCGGUCCCGAACGAAGCGCAAAACCAACACUCGUUCGCGAUCGCGCAGCAAGAGUCCCGUGGCGGCUCAGAACUGGGAGAAAGAAUCCCCACUGAACAACAAGGAAGCACCACCGAAGGGAGGUCCAAAUGUGCGAGCUAAGUCGAAGGAAAAGGUGGAACGUCGUAGCUCCGAACCGCGGGAUAACGACAAGGAGAACAAACAGGGCCGCGCAUCGUCGGCCGAGAAAUCCAACAAAGAGUCACGCAGUCGCCGUUCGCGGUCCGGCUCAUCGAAGAGGAAACGCCGGGAACGGUCCGUUACGCCGCGCCCGAUUCGCAUCCACAUCGGGCGGCUAACGCGUAACGUCAACCGGGAUCACAUAAUGGAAAUUUUCAGCUCGUACGGGGAUAUAAGCAAGGUCGACUUCCCGAUGGAUCGCUUCCAGCCGUUUGGGCGCGGGUUUUGCUACGUCGAGUAUGUCGACCCGGAUGGAGCGGAAAACGCAAUGAAGCACAUGGACGGUGGGCAGAUCGAUGGGCAAGAAAUUACGGCCUCGCCUGUGUUGGUACCGAAAACGCGGCCACCACCGAGGCGUCCGUCACCAAUCAUGCGCAACAAUCGGCCCAUGCCCCGUUGGCGAGCGUCCCCGAUGCGUUACCGACGUCGUCCGUCCAUCCGGCGCAGCCCGCGACGUAGACGUUCCCGCAGCCCGAUCCGAAGACGGCGCCAGAGCAACAGCUCGGAUAGUUCUCGUUAGGGACAUAACAAGGGCCACACCCACAUGCUGCUAGCCCGUAGGAUUAAUCGACUUGUCUUAUUUGGGUUGAUGCUUGAAUUGUCAACCGAACUCUGCACUAAAGGAAACCGUAUUUUAUUGCGUUUGCGUGUGAAUUGCAGCACCAAACCCCAACCAAAUCAUCGUCUCGUUUUCCUUUACGUUUUCAUUUGCCCAUGUGGCACGAACAGUUGUAAUUUUUUUCGAUUCGCAUCGAUACGAAUUGAUUUUAUCUGUUCAUGGUCGACGCUGGAAGAACCACCUUCACCAGCCAGGAGCUACACGAUACCGACAGGAUAAGGACUGCAAUACCGUUGACGAUGUGUAUCCUGUUCAUUUACAUGUAAACCCUCCCCCAUUAA